GAUAGUCAGUCCUCGCGGGGACCAGGCGCUGGAGCGGACCAGAACCUGGCUGACAUCAUCGCAUCUGAGAAGACACCUCCUCCUUUUUUCUCCGCCUCCUCCUCCUCCUCCUCUUCCUCGCAUCCACUCCGAGCAGCCACUAGUCCGUGAUCAGGGCGCGCACCAAACAGGAGGCGGAACCAGAGAGUAGCCGAACAUUCCGAACACCCGCACCCCGCAGGACGGACGCGCUCAUGCCCGAAGCCCACUCCUCCUACCGGACUCGCCGAGUGAACCGUUGGACCGCCCGCACCAGCGCGUCUGUUGAAGAUGUCCGAGCAAAGAGCGUCCGAGCAGCCGGAGACCCGGGAGAAAGUGCAAGCCGAAGUGGGCACCGCGACCCCCGUCCCGUGUUCGUCUGUAGAAUGAAGGCGGCUUAAAUUCCGUGGAAGUCCGUGCGCGUAAAACCAGCGAGACAAGAUGACGGUGCCGCUGCUGAAGAUCGGCGUCGUGCUCAGCACCAUGGCGAUGAUCACCAACUGGAUGUCGCAGACCCUCCCCUCCCUGGUGGGGCUCAACACCACCAAGCUGACGGCAGCGCAGGGGGGCUAUCCGGACCGCAGCACGGGAGUGUUGCCAGCGAACCCCGAGGAAUCAUGGCAGGUGUACAGUUCGGCCCAGGAUAGCGAGGGAAGGUGCGUGUGCACUGUGGUGGCGCCCCAGCAGUCCAUGUGCUCGAGGGACGCCCGCACCAAACAACUGAGGCAGCUGCUGGAGAAGGUCCAGAACAUGACCCAGUCCAUCCAAGUGCUGGACCAGCGGACUCAGAGGGAUCUGCAGUAUGUUGAGAAGAUGGAGGUCCAGCUUCGGGGUCUGGAGACCAAGUUCAGGCAGGUGGAGGAGAACCACAAGCAGAACAUCGCCAAGCAAUUCAAGGCCAUAAAAGCGAAAAUGGAGGAGCUUAGACCGUUGAUACCGGUGUUGGAGGAGUACAAAGCCGAUGCCAAAUUGGUAUUGCAGUUUAAGGAGGAGGUCCAGAAUCUGACGUCAGUUCUAAGCGAACUUCAGGAGGAGAUGGGGGCCUAUGACUACGAGGAGCUCCACAACAGAGUGUCAAAUCUUGAGGAGAGACUCCGAGCAUGCAUGCAAAAAUUAGCGUGCGGCAAACUGACGGGCAUCAGCGAACCCAUCACCAUCAAGACCUCCGGGUCCCGGUUCGGCUCCUGGAUGACGGACCCCUUGGCCCCUGAAGGAGACACUCGGGUGUGGUACAUGGACGGAUACCACAACAACCGUUUUGUGCGCGAGUACAAGUCCAUGCACGACUUCAUGACGACGGACAACUUCACGUCCCACCGCCUGCCGCACCCGUGGUCCGGGACGGGUCAGGUGGUCUACAACGGCUCCAUCUACUUCAACAAGUUCCAGAGCCACGUCAUCAUCAAGUUCGACUUCCGCACCUCCUCCAUCAGCAAGUCUCGGCAGCUGGACUACGCUGGCUUCAACAACGCCUACCACUACGCUUGGGGCGGCCAUUCAGAUAUUGACCUGAUGGUGGACGAGGGUGGCCUGUGGGCCGUCUACGCCACCAACCAGAACGCGGGCAACAUCGUGGUCAGCAAGCUGAACCCAAACACGCUGCAGAUCGUCAAAAGCUGGACCACCAACCACCCCAAACGGAGCGCCGGCGAGUCUUUUAUGAUCUGCGGGACGCUUUACGUCACUAACGGGUAUUCUGGAGGUACCAAGGUCUACUACGCAUACUCCACCAACUCCUCCACCUACGAGUACAUUGACAUUGCCUUUCAGAACAAGUACUCGCAUAUCUCCAUGCUGGACUACAACCCACGUGACCGCGCGCUCUACGCCUGGAACAACGGCCACCAGGUGCUCUACAACGUCACACUGUUCCACGUGAUCCGUUCUGAAGAACUGUGAGGUCGGAUCGCAGACCAUAGAAGCGUAGAAACCUCCAUGUAUACAAACAUAUACCUGCUAAUAAAAAAAAAAGACUAUAUAGCAAGACGAGAGGCUGCAUUGGCAGCGACUGCAACUGAAUGUGCAUAUUUAUCGACCAAGAAAACACAUUGUUGAAGAGUUUCAUUCUCACGGAAGAGUACUGCAUUCACCCGAGGAGAGGACCUGGCUUUGGUUGACUUCCAUUUGAUAACUCAUAACUUUGAUAAGUAAUGAAGACCUGAACCCUGAAAUAAUGAAAAUCCACAAUUUUAAUUUAUUAUUCUGAAAAAAAUGUCUUAUAUUAUUACAAUUUGAAACAGUGUCAUGGAUAUAAAUACAAACAUAAAAAAGGCAAUAUAAAUAAAAAUAUUGCCUUUCUGACAAUUGUCGAGUAAAAAGCAAAAUUAAAAAUCCAAUACAUUUUCUUGAGUAUGAAAAGCCAUCCGAAUUUUUAUAAAUGUGACAAUAAAUAAUUUCAUGAUUCAGAAAAAUACAAUACGUAUAGGUGAAUCCCUCAAUUAAAAAUGAAAGAAUAUAAAAUUUAAUUAAUGAAGAAUAUAUUUUUCUUUUCAUAAGACGAUUCUAAAUGUGUUCUUUAAAUUGUUUUAUUUUUAUUAUAUUAAAUAUAAUAAAUCAAUUAUAUAUUAAAUAGUUAUAGUGACGGCAACCGUAAUUUUAAGUCCACAAAAUAGUAAAGUAAAUGAUUUUGAACUUGAAGUAUUUACUUAUAAAUGACCUGUCUAUUUUCCUUUUGUCAUUCAUUUGUAAUAUACUAUAUUGUGAAUGUAAAAGUACUGAAUACAAUACUCUUCUGGACAAACUGAAAAAUAUAUUAAAACCAUAUCACCAGGGACUUUUGUACAUAUAAUCUUCAUAGUUUAUUUCAAGAGCCGCCAUCGUUCGCUAGUGAAACAGGAAUCAAACUCUUCAACUGUUUGCUGCGUAGAAAUGAUUGUAUGUGUAGAAUUAUUAUGAUUAAAAAAAAUAACAACAGAUGCCAAAAAAAGAACAUUUUAUGUAGUUGUUUUGAAACAUUGACCUCACCUCGCGGCUCGGGGGGCUUCUCCGAGGGAACCUUCUGGCCAGACCUUUGGAGGAAUCCAGGACCGAUUUCAUGGACGAACUAGUGAGUUGGAGGUGACCUCAGUCCGGAGUCGUUUUUAUCACGUAGCAAAUAAAGCGGUGACGACGACUUCACGAACAUCUGUUAAAGAAAAAAGGCACUGACUGUUGUUUGAGUUCCCUGUGUUAGUGACCGUGAGACUUUCUUUGCAUGAGUGUUUUCUAUCACUUGGUCUGCUCUUCUGAAUGUCUCGUCAUGUGUAUAGUAGAAACCAAGAGGGUUCGUGUCGCCAGAGGGGAAACAAGGAUUUAUUCUGUCCCAUGUCACUCAAUAUUCACCCUGGAUCGAUAAUAGAGAAAAGUAGAGAAAUUAAAAUGCAAAACUUUUUUAUUAUAGUUGAAGUUUAGUUGGUCAUUUAUGUAGUUGUUUUUGCUGUUGCAUUACAUUUAAAUUCUUCUUUCUUUUUGGGGGGGUAAAAGAUCUUUACCCCACCUGAUCUUUGUUAUUUUAAUUCAUUUUGUCAUAACCGGUGGCCAGGCAUGAAUAUUAUUUCAUAUUUGUUAUACGUGGAGUUUGUUGUUUGGUUGAUGCACAAGAUGAAGACAACUCUUUUAAUAAUAGUACCUUGGUACUAUUAUUGAAAGAGUUUAA